UAUAGAACACGUGGGUUCACGAUAAAACGUGCUAUUAAUUUUUGCACGAUUAAUAAAAUGGCCAAUAGAAUAAUCGAACCGUUAAACGUUAUUACUCUUUUAUUUAUCUGUAAUUAUUUUUAUACAGGAUUCGCAACGACUAGAGACACAGUACAUUUUUUAAAGCCAGGAGAUGUCGUCGAGAAUGACAAACCUGGGUUGCAAAUCUUCUGUCAUAGCGCCAACUUGAAGUAUCUGAUACAUAUGUGGAGAAGUUUAACAAUGCACUUAAAUAUAAAUAUAGAUAAUUAUGAUCUUUACAAUGGUAAAACUCCUGAAGAAGUUAGGAAAAAGCACGACGAUAAUCAACGGUCUUGGAGCAUUAAUCUAUUUAACACAAAAAAAGAUAACAAAUUGAAAAUAAGUCCAUUCGAAGAUGUAUGCAUCGGUGUACACGUAUACCCUCUUAAUUUGCCCAAAUACACAAUGAGUAUGACAGAAACACGUGUGGACAUCUCAGCAUUAACAUUAAUGCUGCUGGGCGCUACAAUAUAUUGGAGCGCUCGCAAACUCAGCGGAAAUUCCUUGUUUUAUUAUUUGGUCUGUAUAAUGCUUGGAAUCACUACGUCGGUUAUAAUACUAGUAUACUUCUUUAGCAAAUUUUUGUUGAGGGGUAAAAUGAUGUACUUGGUGGUUGCUACUGGUUGGACAAUGAGUUUUUAUCUAAUCCAAAUGUUAUGGGAAAAUAUUCAACUAAUCGUGAUACAAUACAGGGAAUGGGUGACAUGGUACAUUUUACUAACGUCUUGCAUCAGUUUCGUCAUUUGUUAUCGGUUUGGCCCAGUUACAAAUGUUAGAACGAAAAAACUUAUCGAAUGGUCUCUACAGAUAGGAGGACUGAUUACCAUGUAUCAUAGCAGUUAUUUUCGUGAAGCAUCAUCUUUUUGUUGUAUCUUAAUUAUCCUACUUUAUAAUUUUCCCAUUGUAAUAAUUCAAAAAGGGCGAAGAUACUGUCAAAGUAACGAUAGUAAGAACGAUAGUAAUGGAAUAAUAGUAACGACAGCACUAGUAUUAUCGUUUAGAAAAGCAAGAACGUAUGUUACAUGUGUACACCUGUUCGAAAUCAGGAAGAACCUGUUCCCCGAAAGAAGAAAGUUAUUAACAGAAGACGAAUAUCGUAAAGAAGGAAUACGAGAAACUAAAAAAGCGAUAACCGAGCUAAAAGAAUAUUGCGCUAGUCCUAAAUGUAAUCCAUGGGAAACGAUAUUAAAAUUAAAAGAUCCGAUAAGGUUUGCCAAGUUUAUGGAAGGUGAAUCGCAUUUGUCCGACGACGAGUCGCGGGAACACGACAACGAAAUUAUAGAGGAAUGCGAAUAUACGGACGAUGAAGAUGAUUUAUUGUAAAGUGUACAUAAAAGUCUUUUAUUCGGUUAAGGGAAUGGCUCGAAUAUAAGUACAAAUGAACGAUCAUACGCUUACACGUAUGCGUCACCGUGAAAUUUUAUAUACCUUUUAUCCG